UUCAAUGGCGGACGUAGGCUGCAGCAACAAAAUAUUCUAGCACAUUUACUAAUAUUGCGUUACGUCGCUUAUUACCCCAUUGAUCACAUGCAAACUAUAUUGAACAUCAACACCGAAUAUGUCCACUGUUGUAUCCGAUUGUUUCACAAUUGGUAGCAUAGUGUCUACAAAAACGUGUUAUAAUGAAGAGAUUGAAGGAGAAGUGCUAGCUUUCGAUCCCCAAUCAAAGAUGUUGAUAUUGAAAUGUGCAUCUUCUAGCGGCAACCCUAAACGCAACGAUGUGAAUAUCGUGAACCUAUCGCUUGUUAGCGAUGUCCAAAUUAAGAAAGAAGUCACCGGAUUGCCGGAUGCACCACAGUCGCUCAAUUUGCACCGAUUGAACACAAGAGUACGGAAUUCCAUAGAAAAUAAGAAACGAUUAGUGACAGCUCUCUCCGCCUGCCUGGACCCCGAAGGCCAGCGGUUGUUCCUGGCCAUCUCCCGGGUUAUUGACGAUGUUGUCUGGGUCGGACAAAACAUCAGAGUAUACAAUGAAGUCACAAUAGUUCCACCCUAUAAGGUGGAGAAUGUAAUAGGCGAUUUGGAUUCAAAACCUUAUAACUACAUUAAAAAAUUCGUGGAGAAGCACUGGCGCGACCAGAGGGAGCAUGCCACCACCUCUCAGCACCACGUUGCACCGGUCGUCUCCGGUUCUACAGUCUGACCUGUGUGGUACAGGAUGAAGCCAGCUAUAGCCACCAACCAGAUCUUUGUAGCCCAUAGGGUGAUUUUUUUUUUCUUAAAUACCCAUUUACCUAUAAAUUCAUUUAGAAAUUCCUGUAAACAAAAUAGGGCAUUUGACUGGCUAUAACAACUGUUUAGGAACAAUACAAGACAGCUGUAAUGAGUAAUAAUUAGUAAUUUAAAAUAUUUCAGGGAGGAGGGUAAUGUAGUGGACAAUUUAAAAUUUAUUUUCCAGGCGGGGAGUACUGUAGUAAUUAUGUAUUUUAUUGAACUUUUAAUUUUUGUCUUUGCAUGCGGUAUAUUUGCGAAUUUUAAUGUUUGUUUUUAAAUCAAAACAUUCCAUUGGUUUGGUAUAAAGUUAUGGUUUCCCAUUUUCAGAUUUUUACACGCAAUAGUUAAUUCAUCCACUUUCAUAACUCGUCUCAUUACACGCGGGUUUCGUGUACUCCUCCCUCAGUACACGAACAAGUACUCAGCACCUGUAUUGUUCCAUUUUCACCGUGUAAAUAAGCAAUAAAUCACAAUAUUUAUGAAAAAUCAACCAGUUUGCAAGCAAAUACCCUAUUUUCAAUUAUAUCUACAGAUUAUUCAGAACAGACAAUUAUGAACUUAUAACUCUAUAUAUUGUUUUUGUUUUUUUUUUGUAAACUCCCAAUUUGUAUGUUAGCAAUUGUUAUCUAGCUAGAGUAAAAUAUUUGAGCUCAAAAGAAUUAGUAUCCAGAGCCGUGAAAUAUAAUUUAUAAAAAAUAAAAGUAUAGUAUAUACUUGGUGCAGAAAAUAUUU